CCUCCCCCUCAGUUUCUGCACCAGCACUCUCCGGUCCACAGCCCACAGGGUACAGCGCCAACAGCCCGGGAUCCACUUCACUGCCGCCAGUGAUCUGUACACGCUUCUUCGUCGCGUGGAAAGUUGGAGGACUAUUAUUAUUGCGAGAUAUCGCGUGUAGACUACUUGCAAGUCACUCGCCGCGUCUAGGUGUAUUGGACCGCUGCACUACAUGAAAAAGAAGAAGAGGAAAAUGAAAUAGCUGAGCGUGUCAUGAGAUCUCUUUGGAAAACAGAGGUUGUUGAGGACUUUUUUUGCUCUUAUCGCUGAUGAAAUUAUUGCAGCCUGACGAGAAGAGACGGGUGCAUUUUAAUGUCACAUGUCAGUGUUGGAUGAGACCGCGGCGCCGUGUUCUUGUGCAGUAAGACAAAUGGUGGUGUCGCACGGAAUACAACUGUUUUGUUUUAAAUGGAGAACUGCUCAGAGAGGAUAAAUUGCGUGCAGAGUUGUGCGGCUUUCUGCUGAGGGAGUCAUCCAGCGGCUUCCCCAGAAUAAACAUGAGUCCACGACGAGAGACGGGGCCGCUCCGGCGAGUGGGACUCACCGCGCUUCUCCUGUGCACAGUGGUGGACAGUAAGGUGAUCCUGGAGGGCCUGCAGAGGUAUGGCCCCACGCCAAUCUAUCUGCCUGUCAGCUACCGGAUCCUCAAUGCUGAGUCAGCGUUCUUCCUACAGGAGGCAAACCAGGACUUAAUGAGGAACUCCAGCCUGCAGGCUCGCACAGAGUCCUUCUUCAUCCAGCAGGCCCGGCAGAUGCCCUUUGUCAAUGCUAGCUAUGGGCCACUGUCUGUCCAGCAGCCUGUCCCUCUGGAGCUGCUGCAGACUCUGCCAGGGCCAUUUAAUACACCUUCCUUCAGUUCAUCGCCAGUGCCAACAUCCACAUCAUCAUCACCUCUCUUUACAUUCAACUGGAAGGUCCACACAUAUAUUAUAAGCGAGAGGAUUCACCCCAGUUGGCCAAAGGUUCAAGUGUUGUUCUACAUUGCAGGGAGAGACUGGGAUGAUUACAGCGCCAUCCACAAGUUGCCCUGCGUCAGGAUGUUCGCUUUCCAUGAGACUCAAGAGGUGCGUGGGACAUGCAGGCUCAAAGGUGAGCUGGGGAUAUGUGUUGCUGAGCUGGAGCCACUAGCCAGCUGGUUCAGUCCGCCCACAGUCAGGCCGGGUAGGCAGAGGGUCUCUGAGCAAGCCCAGGGCACUCCUGUGGAGCUCUACUACAUGGUUCAAACCACGGACAGUGGAGACUGCAGCGCAGAGGAUUCAAGAAAGGGCAGCCCAGUUCGCACAGACCAGCAGAGGCCGAUGGGCUAUUUUGCAGGGCAUACACCGAUGCAGCGCAUUGGGAGUGUCAGGCUGUUUCAGCCGCUGUCGGAGCUGAAGCUGGACAACAACUUUGUGGUAAUGGCUCCCUCCAAACCCAUCCGGCAGAGAGAAACAGUCUCUACUUUUCUUGCUCUCUCCACACUCUCUUCAGCACAAAUUUUCACCCUCAGGGUCAAGCUGAAGGACGGUGUGGCGUUCCUGGGAGCUAGAGCCAUUAACCCUGUUGUGUGGACGGUGAGUCAGGAUGUCAGAAGUGAAGGUCACAGGAUUGUCACCCUCCACUGUCGGAGGAAGGAAAACAGUUUUAGUCAAAGAGUGGAGGCAGCAGGCUACCAGCGAGUGUUGCAGGUAGACCUGGAAGUGAACGGGCUGAUGGUGACUCAGGGAGGAAGGGAAGUGAUGUGGCAGGUUGAGUAUCCACUCACCCGCACCUUGACCAGUGAGGUGCCGACCCUCAUACGCCUGGCACCACAGGACCUGGGUGGCAUCGUGCCACUAGCCAUGGACACUGAGAUCCUCAACACGGCUGUCCUCACAGGGCGAACAGUUGCAGUGCCAGUAAAGGUAGUCACCGUUGGAACAGAUGGAGCGGUCUCUGAUGUGACAGAGUCAGUGGAGUGCAAGUCAACAGAUGAACAGGUUAUCAAGGUGUCAGAGCAUUGUGACUAUGUGUACGUCAAUGGGAAGGAGAUAAGAGGAAAGACCAGGGUGAUGCUCAACUUUACCUACAGUUUUCUGAGCGCCCAGCUCGAGAUGAGUGUAUGGAUGCCCCGCCUGCCCUUGCUCAUCGAUGUGGCCGACCCCGAGCUCAGCCAGAUAAAGGGCUGGAGGGUCCCUGUUAGUACAGUCAACAGAAGGUAUGAGAGGGUCACUGAUGACAAGGAUGAAGAAAAUGGGGCUGAGGAGAGGGUAGAGAACAGCUGUGUGGCCCAGUAUCAGAGCACUACCCUACGUGUCCUCACACACUUUGUGGCAGAUAACGGUGAAGUUAGAGGAACCGGGGAGGAGGACGGGCUGGGACAGCAGAACUUCCUGCUGGGUAGUGACUGGCAGGUGGAAGUGACACAACUGGUCAAGGAUUCUCUCAAACUGGAGGACCCAAAGGUUGCACAACUGCUGGAGGGCCAAGUCCUAAUAGGACUAAGUGCUGGAACCACCAAACUACAGGUGCUGUCCCCUCUGACAUCAUCGGUGCUGGCUGAGAGGAGCAUCAGAGUGCUGGAUGAUAAAGUGAGUGUGACAGAGCUGGGGGUGCAGUUGGUGUCUGGACUUUCUCUGUCUCUACAGCUCAGCCCAGGAAGCAACAGGGCCAUCGUCGCCACUGCAACUACACAGGAAGUCAUUGAAUCACUCAAACAGGAGUCCCUCAUUAGUGCUUGGCUACAGUUCAGCGAUGGAUCCAUGACUCCUCUAGAUAACUACAAUGCUGCCCAUUUUAACCUGGCAGCCACCUCUUUGGAUGAACAGGUGGUGGUGGUGCAGCGCAGUGUGGCAUGGAAGUGGCCCAUCGUUGUUGCCAAGGGUGAAGGUCAGGGUUUGCUUGUACGUGUUGAAAUGAGCCCAUCAGAAGUGUGCCAGAAGGGAAAACGACAUACUAUCUUAGCCACUGGAAUGGCAAACAUACAAGUAAGGUUUGGUCAGCAAGAGGAGCAAUACAGACAACCAGGAGACCGGCGAACACGCCCUGAUCCUCCAUAUUAUGGUGGAUCUAUCUCUGACAUGGAAACUGGGUUAAUCAACCGUGGAGCCACUACCAUCAGAGGCCAUGUCCCAGUGAGACCUAAUGGAGGCCGUCUGUCAGCGGACAGCGGGGCAAGGGUCCCAAGUGAAUUCUCUGAAUAUCCAGACAAAGCAGAGCUGCCUCGUAGCCGCAGCACUGAUGAGGACUUGUUACCAUCCCGUCGAGGCCUGACAGACCUGGAGAUUGGUAUGUAUGCUCUACUGGGAGUCUUCUGCCUAGCCAUCCUGGUUUUUCUUAUUAACUGCAUCUCUUAUGCAUAUAAGUACCGUAGCAAGCAGCUGUCCCUGGAAGCCCCAGAAGCAAUGCCCCAUGCCCACGACUGGGUUUGGCUGGGUCAAGAGGAGGGGCUAUGUCUGCAGCAACAGCAAGACGAACUGGGUGGAAUCCUAGAGGAAGGUAGUCAACUAUUAAAUGGAGGUGUCCAGCGUGGUAAUAAUGGUGUUGGAGGCUGUAGUUCGAGCGGGAGGGAUCACAGGAAUGAAUCGCUCAACUCACCCACCACCAAAAGAAAGAGGGUGAAGUUCACUACUUUUUCCAACAUCAAGUCCAGUAAUGGAUGUCCUGUGCUCAGCCCAUUAGCACUAGUGCAAACCAGUGAGAUAAAAUGGGUAUGUCCGGACAUCGAGCUUGGGGACUCAAAGGAUCUUAGGAACUACAUGGAAAAGCUUAAUGAGAAUGCAAUUAAGAACAUUGCAUAGGGUGUACUGGGGUGUAUCUUCAAUGAACUAAAGAGAAACUCACCUGAAUGCCUUCAGAAUAAGGAGGAAAUGAGGGUUGGGGGGAGGAAAGGAAAAAGGAAAUGAAUAAAGGGUGCAGAAACAGUUUGGGGCUGCUGUUAAACUGUACCUCACCAUAACAACAGGAUAGUGCGUUCAGCCUCUGUUGUUUCCACGAAAGUACUCAGAAAGAAUAAAGCAACGGAUUACAACGAGACACGAUUUGCCACGACACCACAGCAUAGUUAUGAAGGGGAAAAUGUGAACUUGAUAUUGUUGCUUAACUUAAAUGUGUGUUGUUUGUCUUUAAUUGAGAUUCAGUUUCCUUUUCUAUGCGCCAUGUACUUUGUUUUAUGUUUCUUUUUAUAAAUCAUCAUGUUUUAAUGUUGUAUUUGUUGUACUUUCUGGUGCUUUGUUGCUUUUUUUAAGAGUUGCUGUUUGCUCUGUGCCACGUCAGCAAUUAUAGAUUCUAUGGGAGAGGAGUGAAAAGCAAUUUUGUAUUGUAUAUAAAUCCAGAGUUUGAUUAGAAGGUAUUAUAUGUAUAGUAACAUUUUGUAAAGUGCUGUUUGGUUUGGGUUUGGGUUUGUUUGUAGUUUAGUUUUUGUUUUGUUUUGUCUCCAGAAACCAGAUCCAUGCAUGAUGUUAUUAAAGAGGAGGCAUGUGUGUCUGAUCUGGUACCUGAAAUGAGAGUGUGUAGAUAACUUAAUACCAAUAUCUCUGGAGACAUGUCAGUUUAAUAUUAUUGUAUUCAUUCAUCAUGGAGCUGAGUUUUGGGUUGAUUUCAGUAUGUUGAUAUUAGUUUAAAAGUUUUGCUAGCCCAUACAUUUUCCCUUCUUAUGUUAAUGUUUGAUCUGAGAAUCAGUUGCAUACUACACAUAAAGUUGACUUUUUACACUACUUUAAAUCUUGAUAUGGCCUGAAAUUACAAUUAGAAAAUAAAUUAGUUACAUUCAACAGAUUCAACAAAACACUGAUCACCAUGAAGAGAAUCAAUAGACAAUCACAUAAAUAACGGAUGGAUCAAUCCCUUCAUUUAUAAUGUUCCAUAAAAAUCAGUCCAGUUGACAAUUUGUAUGCCUGAAUUAGGUGGAGAUCAUAAACACACAUCAUUUCUUAAACUAUUGUAUAUGAGAUUUUGGAUCCCAUAAAAAGACUCUCGGCAGUGAAUGAAUAAAUGAUCACAAACUGUGAAAUGAAAGCCCCAAGUCUGACCUAUUCUUCUUUUUGUCAUAUGUCAGUAUUGGUCAAGUCCAUUGUUUUCUAUCUCUGUUUUAAAAUUGGCUGCUGGACUAAUUAAAAUUGAAGGUGACUCUUCUC